AUGGCAAGAAAGAUGAAGAAAGACACUGCCAUCAUCAUCGUGGGCGCCGGGGUCUUUGGAUUGACCACGGCAUAUGAGCUGGCUUCCGAAGGCUAUCACAACAUCAGGGUCCUGCAUCGGCAUGUUGCCCCACUAAGGAAAGAAUCUACCUCGUUUGAGAGGUAUGCUAAGUGUCCAAAGGUUCCUGACGGCUCGAGCGUAGACAUCUCACGUGUGAUGCAUUUCGACUAUGCAGAUCCAGACUAUCUUCGCCUCGCCUAUGAUGCGUAUAAGAAGGAGUCACAACAUCCUAAGUACAGCCACACUCUUGUACCGUCGGCGUUUCUUCUUACCAGCAACACGAGGAGUCCGGGCACUUACAUCGACAGGACCACAGCAGCAUUGGCCAAGGCAAGUCUACCAUGGAGGAAAUUGGACACUGCUGAGGCCGCCAGACGACUGUACCAGGUUCUCAGCGGGCCCUUGGCGGGUCCUAAUUUUGAAUGUUACCAGAACGAGCAGGCUGGCUGGGUCGACGCUGAGAACGCCGUCACCUAA